CGGCCUGCACCCUGCCCAUGUGUCCCCCAGCGGUGCACCCGGAGCACCCCAUCCCCCGUUCCAACGUGCCGGCCGGAGGGCUGUCCGGCCGGGCACCUCUCGUCUCCAACGUUUCGGCCGGCCUGCACCCUGCCCCUGCGUCCCCCAGCGGUGCACCCGGAGCAUCCCAUCCCCCGUUCCAACGUGCCGGCCGGAGGGCUGUCCGGCCGGGCACCUCUCAUCCACAACGUUCCGGCCGGCCUGCACCCUGCCCCUGCGUCCCCCAGCGGUGCACCCGGAGCAUCCCAUCCCCCGUUCCAACGUGCCGGCCGGAGGGCUGUCCGGCCGGGCACCUCUCAUCCACAACGUUCCGGCCGGCCUGCACCCUGCCCAUGUGUCCCCCAGCGGUGCACCCGGAGCACCCCAUCCCCCGUUCCAACGUGCCGGCCGGAGGGCUGUCCGGCCGGGCACCUCUCAUCCACAACGUUCCGGCCGGCCUGCACCCUGCCCAUGUGUCCCCCAGCGGUGCACCCGUAG